UUGUGGGUUGAGGAAAGUGCUAUUGAAACACAGUUCUUAGAAAAAUUUUCAACACAAAUGUGUUAUUUCCUUUCUUCAAGAACCAGAUGCUGAGAUACAACGAUAUAAAGAUUUUAGGUUUCAAUUGUAAAGAGAAGGAAGUGGAUAAAUCAGUGCUGCCUUCUUUGCAAUCCAAGCAUUAUGGAGAGGCAGAAUAUCUUUCUUGAUCAUCAAGAGGACCCUGAUAGCUAUUCAGAUUGUGUGAAAUUUGAUGCUCGAUCAAUGACGGCAUUGCUUCCUCCUUAUCCUAAAAAUGGCCUCCAAGAGAAACUGAAGUCCUUCAAAGCUGCACUCAUUGCCCUGUAUCUCCUUGUGUUUGUUGUUCUGAUACCUGUCAUCGGAAUAGUGGCAGCUCAUCUUCUGAAGUGGGAAAUGAAGAAUUGCACAGUUGGUUCAAUUCAUGCAAGCGAUAUGUCUCAAAGUCUGGGAAGACAAAAUGUCAGUGGAGAUGAAAUGAGAUUUCGAGAAAUUAUCUUGGAACACAUUGACAACAUUGAGAAGAGAAUCCAACACAUUUCAGAUUUAGAAGCCAAUUUCAUAGAUUCAGACUACUUCCAAAAUUUCAGUGCAACAACUGAUCAAAGAUUUAAUGAUACUCUUCUGCAGCUAAGUACCUUGGUUUCCUCAGUCCAAGAACAUGGCAAUGCAGUAGAUGAAAUCUCCAAGUCCUUAAUAAGUCUGAACAUCACAUCGCUUGAUUUGCAGCUCAAUAUAGAAACAAUGAGUAGCAAAAUCCAAGAGACUACAUUGAAGCAAAAAGAGGAUAUUAGUAAAUUAAAGGAGAGUGUAUACAAUACAUCAACAGAAAUUAAGUCUCUGAAAGAAGAGCAAGAGCAUCUGGAACAGGAAAUAAAGAGAGAAGUGAAAGCACUGAAUAACAUCACCAAUGACCUCAGACUCAAAGAUUGGGAACAUUCUCUAACUUUGAGAAAUAUCACUUUGAUUCAAGGUCCCCCUGGACCCCGAGGUGAAAAAGGAGACAGAGGUCCUGCAGGAGAAAUCGGUUUACCAGGCAUCCCAGGCCCUAUAGGUCCUCCAGGUCUUAAAGGUGAUCGUGGAGUAGUUGGAUUUCCUGGAAGUAGAGGAAUCCCUGGACUAAUAGGAAAGGCGGGAAGAACAGGAAAUCCUGGACAAAAAGGCCAAAAGGGAGAAAGAGGAAGUGGGAACACAUUCAGACCAGUACAACACCCUGAUUUUAUUUGGUCAGAACAUUUUUAAGAUCAGGUGGGUUGGGCAGGACCCCCUCUGAUGCCAUCUCAUUAAAGGCUCUUCAUCUCUGGACAAGUCAUCAGCACAACUGACUUCCAAGAUUCCUUUGUGACUCCUCCAAAUGACCUUGGCUCCUGUGUCGUGCCCAGCUACGUGGCUUCUCUCCUGACCCUUGGUGCUAUUGGGCCUCCAUUGCUUUUUCAUACCAUUUUUUACUCUCCCACCAUCAGCUCCACCCCCAGCCUGCACAAACCCAUGUACACUAGUGGAAUGCUCUAUCUCAUCCUCAGGUACAGGGACAGGCGCCCUCUGCUGUCCCCUCACUCAGUUUUUCAGAACCCAAUGUAAUCCAUUAAAUUCUAGGAGAAAUCUCAUGGGGGUACUGGUUAUAUCUAGGGUGUUUUUAGUUUCAAAACAUUAUUGUCACCCAGGGUAGGAAUGACAGAAGAAAACCCACUCACUUUCAUUUGUUCAUUUAUUUAGCAUAUGUGUAGUAUGUGUACUUCUUGGAGCUGGACAACUAGUGAAAUAGAUGGUGGCCCUAGCUUUACAGAGCUAAUUGUUUUUGAGACAUACAAACAAAUAAACUCAUAAUUAUAACAUAACAGAGUUAUACUGAGGGAAGAACAGGGCUGUACCUAUGUUCAAAGGAUAUAAAGAUUUUUAAUUAUUUAAAAUAUUAAAAAAUAAAUUUAUUAUGAUUUGCUUAGUUUACCUUCCUCUCUUCUUAUUCUGCAAAUUAGGGCAUAUUUUUUUCUGAGUUUCAAAGUGAAAUACAGUUGAGAUUAGGCAACACAUUUGAACCAAAACCUGAAUUUGUUUCUUUAAAUUGCUUAUUCAUUUCUGAAAAGCCAUUUUGAUCAUGGUAAAAAUAAUGCUGAUAAUUUUUAUUCCAAAAAUCUCCUAUAUUUUAUGUUUUAAGUAAAAAGCAUGGAGAAAAAGAAAUCUCUCAGUAGAGAAAGAAACAUUUUAUAGAGAAAAAGAAAGGUAAGAAAAUGGAAAAGCAGGAAAGGUAAGAAAAGUCAGAGGAAAAAAAAGAACCGUGAGAUAUGUAGGAUUCUAUGUCAUGUUUCACUGCCUCUCUACUGAUUAACAGACCACAUUUCACAACUCUCCUUUCUUUCCAGCUUCACCACAUAGCCCCAAAUUCACAUCAUUAAGGUUCUAGUAUAUUCUAAAUAGAACGCUGGCAUGUGUACCACCAUUUCAGUCCCCUGCUUUGCCAAAUGGGCGUGUCAACACCUACCUCACAGGGUUGUUGUGAGGGCCAAAUAAGAUACUGUGUGUGAAUAUGCUUUGUAAAAUCAUAAAGUGCUUUAAACUUAUAAGGUAUGGUUCACAGUGGUCUCUCUGAACGGCAAUUGCUGUUCCUCUCUGGUAUCCUACAGACAUUUUAAAUCUGUAUUCCAAAUGGGAGAGAAAACAAAAUGGAAAUGCAAAGAACCAAAUAAACAUCAGGGACAGAAAGAGAGAUGCUACAGAAUAAGACAAGAUUUUAUAUUAGAUAGAGCAACACACAAAUAUGACCAGAUCACAAAUCAGUGAGUUUGUCUCAGCCUAGCAGGAGAGCAUUAGUUACAAAUAAAAGAACCAACUAACGAGAGUGUACACUAGAGGCCAGAAGCUGUCAACAGAGGUCAGAACAAAAUGUCAGGAUAAUAAAGCAAGAGUCUGGGCUGUGAAGGACAGAGCCUGAGCCUAAGGCAUUUCUGUUGAGAAAGUUCCAAGAAGUGUUGAAAGAAAUUUAGACUUGUCAGUGGUAUUAUGUUAGGGUCAUAGCUGCAUGACUCCAAAAUCUUCAGAAAGCAAAGGGAAAAAAGAAAAGAAGAUUAGGCAUUUGUCAAAAUACUCCUCAGUAUUAGCAAAAUGACAUCGUUGAGUAGUUAAUUAGUGCAAACAUCUAGAGAUAAAUGGGAUUUUAAUCCAAGGUUUUAUUGACGUGACUUGUUCCCCUCUCUGCAGUGGAGGUCGGGGAGAAUGUGGGACUCUCUCUCAUUCCAGUAGGCCUUCAUCCCCGCUGCCUAAAGAAUGACCCUAAGCCCAGCAGUUCUGGGAAGCAUUUCGAGGGGAUUUAGUUCACAAAUCAUCUAACACCCAACAUCCUAGACUAAAUAUAGAUUGUUAAGUACAAAGAACUUUCAAAAUCAGGGUAGAAAAGCUUUGCUUUCUCUUUAGACAAAAAUAGAUGCUGAGUAAACAGUUCAAAUAAACAAAUUAUACAUAUAACCUUAAACAAUAUCUAAUGUAAAGAAGCCUGCCCCAAACUCAAGUGCUAGUCACAAUGAAUGGUUUGCUAAAUGGGAAGGAUGUUGCAAUCAAGCAAAAGAAUUCAUGCCAUAUAAUUAACUGCUUUGUAAGGUUCUGUCCUAAAUAGUCCAAAUACCUACUUGUCGUUUGUUAGUCUGUUUAAAUGUACUUUGUGCAUGCAUGUCCAGUGAGACUAGAAGUAGGAUGUGAAUUUUGAGUAUCUCACUUUGAAACUCAUGCAGUGAUAUUGAAAAUCAAUUUUUCUUUGGUUUGAUUUCUACUGUAGACUUAGUUCAAUUUUACGUGAAUUUUGCUUUGUUUUUUUCUCAAUUAAAUUCUCAUUUAUCUGUUCAAACUAAA